UGAUUUAAAAAAAAAAAGUGAUAUCUUGCCUCAAUAUACUCUUAUAAACUCUCUUGUAUACAUUUAUAUGUUUUACCUUUUAGUUCAAGUCAUGCAAAAUAAUGUCAUGUUUUCCUUAGUUUCCUGUUUGAGUGAAUGCAUGCCAAAUAUCAACUGUGCAUCAUGUUUUUCUCUCAUUCCUACAGGCCUGUCAUGUUUGGAUGGAGUAAAUAGCCUUCUCCAGUCUCUCUGAAGUUGUAUCUCCUCCCAAAGCUUGUGAGACACUAACAUGGAGCAGGUGGAGCAGCUCAGGUCUGCCAGCCCUCAGCUGGAGUCUGUAAGGUCAGAGGUCUCAGAAGGGCAGGAUGAAGGAAGCACCAGCACUCGAAGGAAGAGGAGAAAGCGAGAGCACCGGCCGGAGUCCAUCAUCGUCUACCGCUCUGAUCCAGAGAGAGACCAUGGAGGAGAUAGCGAGGCUGGAGAGAGGAACUCUGAAGAGGGAGCUACGUUUCUGAACAACCCCAGCAGUGAAGGUUGGGCCGUGUCUCCAGACAGCCGCUAUGUGACGCUCACGGGGACCAUCACGCGCGGAAAGAAGAAAGGUCAGAUGGUGGACAUCCACGUCACGCUCACCGAGAGAGAGCUGCAGGAGAUGGCCAGGUCAAAGGAGCGUCUGGAUGCCGAAUGCGACGCUCGCGAGGGAUCGAGUCGCUCGUGUGGUUUCGGUCUGUCUCAGGGACCCCACAUCGUCCUGUGGAGCCUCUCCUGCGCUCCUUUCGUCUUUGUCCUGUCCUUCAUCACCUCGUUUUACUACGGUACUCUCACUUGGUACAAUAUAUUCCUGGUGUACAACGAGGAGCGGACGUUCUGCCAUAAGAUCACGGUCUGCCCGUUCCUCAUCAUCUUCUACCCCGUGCUCAUCGUGGCUCUGGCGCUGUCGCUGGGCUUGUACUCGGCCGUGGUGCAGGUGUCCUGGGCCUUCAGCGAGUGGUGGCUGUCGGUCAGGGAUCUGGAGAAGGGUUUCUGCGGAUGGGCUUGUGGGAAGCUGGGAUUGGAGGACUGUUCUCCGUACAGCAUAGUCGAGCUGCUGGACUCGGACACUAUUUCUGGGAGUCUGCGAGGAAAGUCGCAGCAAACAUCCUCGGUGUGAUUAGAAAUCAUCAUGAGAGUUUCUCUGAUGGUUACACAGCCCUGCAUUUUAAUAUAUAAUAUAUUAUAAUAGUUCUCCCAGAAACAACAUUUUCUGAAAAUGUACUCACUCUCAGGUCAUACAAGAUUAGGAUGAGUUUGUUUCUUCGUCAGAUUUGGAGAAAUGUAGCAUUUCAUCAGUGUCUCAUCAAUGGAUGCUCUGCAGUGAAUGGGUGCCGUCAGAAUGAGAGUCCAAACAGCUGAUAAAUGCAUCACAAUAAUCCACACCACUUCAGUUCACUGUGCAGAGCUGUGGCUCUCCAGGAAUUGAGUUUAAAGCCAUCGCUUCUGGCUAAAAUACGAGUUCAUAAUCCAUAUUAACAUUUCUUCUUGUGAAAACGUCCUUCUCUUGUUGUGUCUCUCAUCAAAAUCCAGCCACGUAUUUGUUUAGAGCUGUUC